AUGGGGAGCAGCGGCAUCGACGGCGAGAUGUGUAUGGAAGCUGGCGGCAGGGUUGGGAGGCGCGGCGGGAAGAAGGCGGCGGAGCAAAAGGCCGCCAAGCAGCCGCAGCGGGGGCUCGGCGUCGCGCAGCUCGAGAAGAUCCGGAUGCAGAACCAGAUGAUCGCCGCAUACCGCUCCGGCAUGCCUCCGUCGCCGCCGACACACCAGCAGCAUCAGGUGCCGUUCCCCGCCGCCGUCCCGACGGCGGGCCACGCGUCUUUCCAGCCAUAUCUAACUGGCUGCUUCGACGCGAUGGACCGGAGGAUCGCCGACGCGCAGUACAGCCAGUACUGCGCGGAGAACCUGCUGCCGUACGGCUCCAGCCGGCCGCCGGCGACGUCGCCGCUCUUCGUCGUCCAUGACUCGCCGCCGUCGAGCCACAGGCAGCAGCAACCACCGCAGUACCACAACUGGAUGCGACCCAGCCACGAGUCCAGCGGCCGGGGCAAUGCCGGAGGUACGGAAGAGCUAGAUUUGGAGCUGCGGUUGUAGGGUGAGCUCCAUCUCGGUGAUCUUUGGCCGGAGCGUGAUCUUCGGCCGGCCGGGGGGUCUGAACUAAUUCGACAUGGGUUCACUGCGUGCGUGCAUGCAUGGGCGAAGCGCCAUGCGAGACAGGAUCGGAGGAACGCCUCCUUAGAAUAGAUUGAUGGAUUAGCUGUCGCACGUACUACUGGUGCUAUUGGAUUAGCUGCUGCUUAAUUUGCUGACGGAAUGGAUGAUACAAUGUGCGCUGUAAAUCUUGUUUAACAUCUUAAUCAAAGGUUACCACUUUGUAGAGGA